AUGGCCGCUUGCAAACCUCAUCUGAUUGACAAGGAGCAGUUGCCGGAAGCCUCAAAUUCAGUGAAAGUCCUCUGCCUCGGCAUGUGUCGUACUGGGACGACCUCUCUCUUGGCGGCUUUGACCACACUCGGUUACACGCCCAUCCACAUGACAAUCAUUCUAGAGGACGCCCGUCAGAAAGAACUCUGGACUGAGGCUAUUGAAAAGACUUUUAUCAGUGGAGGGUCAGAGGCACCCUACGGCCGGGCCGAGUUUGACGUUCUUCUGAGCGGUUACGAUGUCGCUCUUGAUGUUCCCUGUGCGAUCUUUGGAGAGCAACUGAUCAAGGCCUAUCCAGAUGCCAAGGUCAUUUUGACCACUAGGCCAGUUGGAUCAUGGAUUACUUCCAUGCAGAGCACUAUUUGGCAAUUCAUGAGGUGGCCGUCUUAUCGCAUUCUGCGUUACGUGGAACCGGAAUUCAUGGGCUCUUUCCUAAAGUUGGUGGAACUGAUCUUUUUCGUUCACAACAAGAACAACUAUGGUGGAGAAAAAGCUGAACAGGCUUAUAUUUCACACAAUAAGCGGAUUCGAGAACUCACCCCCCCGGACAGACUCUUGGAGCUUUCACCACCCUUUCAUCUGGACGAACUGUGCAACUUCCUCGGUAAACCAGUCCCACUCGACGGUUACCCCCAUGCCAAUUCCACCCAAGAAUAUACUCCAAAAAUAUACAGGAGAAGGAAUAAAUCGCUGGCCUUGGCACUGAAGCGGCUGGGUAGAUUAUUCUUCCAACUUUUCCCCUUCACGCUGUUACUGUGGUAUAUUUAUCAUUGGAGUUGA